CCUCUGAGUCAGGAUCAGCAGUGAAGCAGAAUCUGCCGGGGAAGCCACGCCCCCUCGCACUGCCGCCCAAUGGGAGCCCGGCAGGAGUCACGUGGCGCCAGGCUUGAAACGCGGCGGGGCGGGCGGGGCUUCCGCAGUGUUGUUGUUGCCGGCGGGAAGGGACGGGGAGGGGUCGAUGGCGGGGGUCGCUCCGCCGCUGCUGGGCCUCAAGGCGGGCUGCCUGGUGGCGCUGGCCCUCGUCCCGCUGCUCUGCGGGAUCCUCCCGGCCGCAAUCCUCCUCCGCCGCCGCCUCCAAGCCUCCCCAAGCGCCGGGGCGGGGAUCCGGGGCCUGCUCAGCUGCGCCGCCGGAGGGGUCUUCCUGGCCGCCUGCCUCCUGGACAUCGUGCCGGACUCCCUCGAAGACCUCCGCCUCCAGACCCCGCGCCUCUCGCCAGACUUCCCUCUUCCGGAGCUGAUCCUGGCGCUGGGCUUCCUGCUGGUGUUGGUGGUGGAGCACGUCCUGCUAGACUGCAGCGAGGGGGGUCCGGGCCCCGAUGCAGCCUCUGAGCCACUCUUAUCGGACCCUGAGUCCGACGUGCCCCUUUCAUCGUCCUCCCCGUUCCGUGCGCUGGUGCUGACCCUCUCUCUGUGCCUGCACUCGACCUUCGAGGGCCUGGCGCUGGGGCUGCAGGAGUCGGCGGCCAGGCUGCUGCGCCUGGCGGGGGCCGUCCUGCUGCACAAGGCGGCCAUGGCGCUCAGCCUGUCCUUGCUGCUCUUGGCGCAGAGCCGGCUGCCCCUGCGCUGGGCCUUGGUUGCCUUGACGGCCUUCGCCCUGGCCUCCCCGCUGGGCUUGGGCCUGGGCCUUGUUCUCACCCUCCAGGACCCCUCUUCCCCGUCCCCCGAGAGCGGGGUGCGCAGCGUCCUCCAAGGCGUGGCUGCAGGGACCUUCCUCUACAUCACCUUCCUGGAGGUCCUUCCCCAGGAGCUGCACUCCCCUUCCAUGGCCCCCGGACGGCUGCCCAGAGUCCUGGCCCUGCUGCUGGGCUUCUCCGCCAUGGCCGCCUUGCGCCUCCUGGGCUGAGGCUUCUUGUGGCCAAACUUUGGGGGCGGGGGGGCUGGCCUCCCUGUUUUUAUUCAGAGCCAAGCUUUUAAUAAACACCGUAUUGACUCAA